UUCAAAGUUUUACGUAAUCAUAAGCAAUGAAAGGAUAUUUUCUCGAACACCAAUGCGGGAAAAUUAAAUGUGAAUAGAUUUUCUCGGGAAAAGUUUCGGUUUCAGACAUCUUUUUCUUCGGAUUUGAAUCCACAACUCUCCUUUGAAAAAGACGAAUUUUUUUGUUUGCUGCCAUCUUCAUUCUUCUUCUUUUUUUCCUGGAUUUCCGAGUUCUCGAGCUCUUUUUUUUUUCCGUCUCUUGUUUCGUUUCGUCAGUUAUUCGUGUAUUUUAUUUUGGAUCGCGUAGAAAACAUGCGUGAUACCUGCAGAAUCUUCUACGGAUCUUACUCAAGAGCUCUAACUCGUUGACUCUAAGUUUGGCUUUCACUUGUCCUGAAGACAUCUCCAGUGAUCUGUUUCGUUUCUGAGUUCUGUCUCGGCAAAGACUACAAUGUCGGUUUCCGACGAGAACCAACCCCCAGAGAGGCUCCAGGGCAAGAAUCAAGCAGUGGUCGUUUGCUUCAUUCUUGGAAUCGGAUCGCUCGUCUCCUGGAACAGUAUGGUCACCAUUGGAGAUUAUUACUAUCAAGUUUUCCCGGAUUACCACCCUUCACGGGUUCUUACGCUCGUGUACCAGCCGUUUGCCCUUGGAACGAUUGCGAUUCUGGCCUAUCACGAGUCAAAGAUCGAUACACGAAGGCGCAACUUGAUAGGAUACGUUCUCUUCUCCAUCGGCACUUUCCUGCUCAUUCUUUUGGAUAUGGCGACGAGAGGAGGCGGUGGGAUCGGUCCUUACAUCGGCUUGUGUGCAAUCGUUGCUUCCUUCGGGCUGGCAGAUGCAACUGUACAAGGAGGAAUGGUGGGGGACUUGUCAUUGAUGUGUCCCGAGCUCAUCCAGUCUUUCAUGGCGGGCUUGGCUGCAGCUGGUGCCUUAACUUCGACACUGAGGCUAUUAACCAAAGCAGCCUUCAAAUCUUCCAACGAGGGUCUCCGGAAAGGAGCUAUGUUGUUCUUAGCUAUAUCAACUUUCAUAGAGCUCGUGUGCGUGUUCCUGUACGCUUACGUGUUCCCAAAACUGCCGAUUGUUAAAUACUAUCGCAGAAAAGCGGCAUCUGAAGGUUCCAAAACCGUCUCAGCUGAUCUCGCUGCUGCUGGUAUCCAGAACCAGAACCAAUCAGAAGUGGCAGAAGAUGACUCCAAGAAUCUGCGUCUCAGCAACAAGGAGCUGUUGCUUCAGAACAUAGACUAUGCAGUCGAUUUGUUCCUCAUCUAUGUCUUGACACUUUCCAUCUUUCCCGGGUUCUUGUAUGAGAACACAGGAGAGCACGGUCUAGGCGACUGGUACGCUCUUGUCCUGAUCGCGAUGUACAAUUUCUGGGAUCUGAUCGGCAAAUAUCAUCAUAACACAUCGUCUCUGGUGAAGUUUCUCAAGUUAGAGAGCAGAAAAGGAAUCACCUUAGCGGUCGUGUCACGGUUCUUGCUUGUCCCGGCAUUCUACUUCACCGCGAAAUACGGUGAUCAAGGUUGGAUGAUAAUGCUCACUUCCUUCCUGGGGCUAACAAACGGUCAUCUCACUGUCUGCAUUCUAACCACUGCACCAAGAGGAUAUAAAGGUCCGGAGCAAAACGCUCUAGGGAACUUGCUGGUGUUGUUCCUGUUAGGAGGGAUAUUUGCAGGGGUUGCUUUGGACUGGUUAUGGCUUAUAGGGAAGAAGAAUGCCUUCUGACCAAAUCAUCUCUCCACCUGAAACUUCACUUGCAGAACGAAGACACGACACAGAUUCAUACGUUCUUGAGAUGUAAGAUUAUGUUCGAGCUUUCGCAGAUGUUGACAAAACCCAUCAUUUUAUGAAUUGAAUUCUCUAUCA